AUGUGCCCCAUAACCCCCAUCGAGCUUCUGACCACGAUUAUCCUUGAGAAGCGAAAAUUACGUCCCCCAACCAAGCGGAAAAAGUGUCGCAAAUAG